CUGUUAUCUGAUCUGUUGGUGUUGUCAGUCUGUACAGCCACAGUCGUAAAGCGUGAAGAGGGCAGUCAAGGUGCGAACAAAGGUCUCUCGGGGACUGCAAAGCGAAGCCAACUUCAUACUCAUCAGCAAUCUGGUCAGUGCAUUGCUCUUGAGGAUCACCUGAAAUCACCCAUUGCCCCAGUGACAAGAAAAUGCAUCUGGGUCAACAAAGCCCCCUGGUGGAUGGGCUAUCACUAAAAGAGCUGGGGGACAGUGUGCUGGUGGAAAUAGAGCCCCGAAGGAAAGGACUGCCCUUCCUCAAACACGUGGAGUACCGUAUUGUUAGCAAGUGUUUCCAGAUCCCAGUUCAGCGCAGAUACAGUGAUUUUGAGGUGUUCCACGGUCUGCUGCUGCAAAAGUUCAUCUACAGGAUGGUCCCACCUCUGCCCCCUAAACGCAUCCUUAAAGGCGUUUUGAACUCAGUAUCAGACCGAGAGUUUAACGACAGUCGCCGCCGUGGUCUACAAAGGUUCAUGACCUUGGUGAUCAGACAUCCAGUCCUAGCAGGAGAUGAGUUGGUCACCAUCUUUCUGUCAGCAAGCAGCGCAGAUGUUCAAAACAAGAUGCGUGAUGCAUAUAAAAAGACAGGUGAUGAGUUUCUGACCUCCCAAAUAGCGUUGCAUGGCAAGGUGAACCUUCCUGAGGAAAUGCGGAGCCAGGCUGCUGCUAAUCGAGAGGUCAUUGCAAGUAUCCACAGCAGUUUCAAUAAACUCAGAGAUGUAGCCGAGCGGAUGGCUCAGCGCUCACGAGAAAACUCGACGGAUCUGCUCAUGUUUGGAAAAGACCUGAGUGAACUGGGCUCGGACACACCAGACCUGCCAGUAAACGCUACAAUGAGCAAAGCAUGGAAAACACAGAGGAAGUCACUUGUAGAGCUGUCAGGAGAAUUCGGUCUUCUCGCAGACAAAGCUGCACACCAGGGCAGCAGAGAGGAGGAUGAGGUGGUGGAGAAACUGAACCUUCUCCUCGAACAGCUGCAGUCGUAUAAAGAGUUGUGUGAUCGGCAUGACAGCGGUGUGUUACUAGAGCAUCAGAGAACGUUUGAAAAGCGCAGCGGGCCUGUGGCUACACACUUAAAAUACCAGAGCAGCAUUGAGCAGCCAGAGUCUCGACUCACACAGCAGGAAAACACGAUUAUCACCAUGGAAAUGAGGAGCUAUUUCUCCCUUUUGUGUCUGCAUCAAGAAACCCAGAUGGUCUUCACCCAUCUGCCUCUUGUAACUUCAAUACUGGGGACAUUUGUCCACUCACAAAUACAAGGGCACAAAGAGAUGGGUGAUGUGUGGGGUGAACUUCAUCCAAAACUGAAGGAUCUGUUUGAGAACACUAAUGAAGCCUCGUCUCGCUCCUCUUCUCAAACACACACCUCCAGAGGACAGAAGACCUGUGCUGUCAUUGGUCCUGCAUAACCAGUCCAGGACAGUAAAUAUGAGGGAAAUUCCCAGCCUUUUCUCAACUCCCUAAGAACUCAGUAUACUGCUUCAUGCCAUGUGUUUUCCUUCUCUUGACUGUACAUACUUUAACACUUUUCUUCAUUACUUUUCCAAAUAUGUAAAUACAGAGAACACAGUGGCCCUAAAACAUAUUUGAACACUUAAGGUCACCUAAAAAUUCCAUUAGAGACAAAAUAUCAAACUGUCUGCUAAUCAAAACUAACUUCAUUUUUGUUAAUGUUAACUGUAAAAGGGUCAUGGCAACAUAUGUUUUUACAUUACUUCAGCUCAUAAAAAUAAGCCAUUUCAAGUUAUACAAGAUUCAACUCUAUUUAAGUAAAUAUAAUUUAAGUAAAUGACUUGUACAUCCAAUUUGCUUAUACUUAAAAAUUUAAGGCAGCAACUAAACCUAAGUUUUUAAGUUGAAAUAAAUUAUUUUGUUUGGUAUUUUGCUAUCUAAAAGAAUGACAUUCAAACAUUUUUUAUUGUGCCUCAAGUAUCCAAAUACUUUUUGAGCCCACUGUAUAUUCAGAGAAUAUAGAAUAUAUUUAUUUUAAAAAAUUUUAGUAUAAAAACACCCUGUGAGACUAACAUGAUGAUGUCUUCACUUUUGACUUUUUCAUUGAAUUCCCAUUUUUUCCCUUUUUCUUUUAAUACUUGAACCACAUAUGUUUUGAUGCAGUACAUGGUUACAUAUUCAAAUAAAUAAACCCAGAUCUU